CUCCCCUCCACCCCACCUAGCAGCAUGCCGCCCCCCGACCUUGCCAUCUCCUCCUCCGCCCCCCUCGCAAAUCAGGUAGCAGGCCACGACGGCGUCAUGUCAGACGCCUCCGGGAGCCUCGUCAUCAAGCCCGCCUUGCCGAGGGAAAUCGCCUUCUACCAGAUGCUAACCACUGCCGACCGGGAAGACCCUAUCUACGCCCUCAAGGGGUUUGUGCCGCAGAGCUAUGGGACGUUGAGGUUGGAAGGACAGCUGCAGCCUUCCGGGGACGUGGAUACGAGCGUCAAGGAUGAUGUUCCCGAGAGCGUGGUGCUGGAGAACCUUUCAUAUGCGUAUACCCGCCCAAACAUUAUGGACGCCAAACUCGGCACCGUCCUCUUUGGCCCAGACGCCAAUGACGAGAAACGCAAGCGUAUGGACAAACAAGCGCGAGAGACUACGACACACGAGACUGGCCUCCGUCUCACUGGCUGCCAGACCUGGCACGCCCCAACGGGAUCAUACAUCUCCACCCCCAAAUCGUUCGGCAAGACCAUCACCGCCUCCCAGCUUCCUUCGGGUAUGGUCCGGUUCUUCCCUCUGCCUAGCGACGAGAUCCCUUCCCUCGCCACCCCUCCUUCCCCGCCCCCAACGGCAACGAGCGCCGGCGAAGCUGCCUCUUCUUCCGAAGCCGCCGCACACUUGCUCCCGGCCGAGCCCUCGACUUCUGAAACCCAAACCGCGGGGCUACCUCCUACCCCGGUAACCGCCAACCCUCGCAAACUCUCCCCUCCAUCAUCCUACUCCUCCCACGCCAUCCCCCCUAGACUCCUACUCCGCAUCCUCACCCUCCUCCUCGCGGAGCUCGACCGCCUCACCCAAGUGCUCAGCCAGCUCGAAAUGCGGUUCGUUGGGAGCUCGGUGUUGAUCGUCUAUGAGGCCGAUGUGGGGAGGUUGGAGGCGGCGCUGGAUCGGGCGGAGGCGAGGCGGGCGGUGAGGGCUUUGAGGGCGGCUGCUGGGGAGGAUGUUGACCCUAUGAGCCAGCGUUCUGCAUUCUCUGAUGACGGCUCGUCUACUUCGUCUUUCUCUGAAGAGGAGUCGGAUGACGAGUCAGAGGAAGACGAAGACCUGGACCUUGACGGUGUGAGGGAAGACGAGAGAAGGGCGAGGAGGUGCCCGCCGUUGACGGUCAAGAUGAUUGAUUUUGCGCAUACGUGGCUUGCGGAGGGGGAGGGGCCUGAUGAGGGGGUGUUGAAGGGGUUAAAGACUUUGAGGGGGUUGGUGGAGGGGAGGAGGGAGGAGGUUGAGAAGGCGUUGUAG